AUGCCGAUUCUUGAAACCAUUUUGAUGAUUAUCCCAUUUACUGUAACUGCUGCACAACCUAAAUGUACAGCUUAUGGAACAGAUGAACUUCUUCAUUUCUCAAAAGAGGGUGAUGCCUUUAUCGGGGGCAUUUUUUCCUUUCACCAAAAUCCGGCUGAUGUAAAUCCAACACUCUUGAGCAAUCCGGGAAACAGCAGGUGUUACGGACUUGAUCCUGGAGAGCUGCAGUAUGCCAUGACAAUGAUUUUUGCCAUUGAGGAAAUAAACAACAGCACACACCUUCUGCCUGGCUUUACACUUGGAUACCGCAUCUAUGGCUCUUGCCCAAGCAUCCCUCUCUCUGUUAGAGCAUCACUAGCUCUAAUGAAUGGGCAAACAGAGUCAGAAAAGAGCUGUAAAAGUCCCGCUACUGUACAAGCUGUGAUUGGGGAUACUACAUCCACAUCUACUAUAGACAUUGCAAGGACCAUGGGUCCAUUUAAAAUACCUGUGCUAAGCCAUUCAGCAACCUGUGCAUGUCUCAGUAAUAGACAGCAGUAUCCCUCCUUCUUCAGGACUAUUCCUAGUGAUCACUACCAGAGCAGAGCGCUUGCCAAACUAGUCAAGUAUUUUGGUUGGACUUGGGUUGGGGCUGUGAGAAGCAGGGGAGACUACGGCAACAACGGUAUGGCCACUUUUCUAGAAGCGGCUGAGAACGAGGGCGUAUGCGUUGAAUACUCAGUGGCUAUUUACAGAACUGAUCCAAGAGAAAAGUUUUUGGAAGUGGUAGAUAUAAUCAAAAAGUCCACAUCUAAAGUCAUAGUAGCUUUUGCGGACGGCAACGAUCUGGACAUUCUGAUAAAAGAGCUUUACUACCAAAAUGUAACUGGCUUUCAGUGGGUUGGAAGUGAGGGCUGGAUCACAUAUAGAUAUGUAGCAACCCAAAUAAACUAUGCUGUGCUCGAAGGGGCAGUUGGCUUUGCUGUGCCCAAUGCACAUAUACCCGGAUUGAGGGAGUUUAUUGAAAGUAGCCGUCCCUCUUUGAGACCGGGUAAUACAGGACUGGUUGAGCUAUGGGAAAAUGUGUUUCAGUGCACUUUAAACUCAACUGCACAAAAUGUCUCCAAAAUGUGCAAUGAAGAGGAGUCCCUAGCGAAUACAUACACACGUUUUACAGAUGUGUCAGAUUCCAGCCUUCUCAACAACGUCUACAAAGCAGUAUAUGCAGUCGCUCAUGCUAUGAAAGAACUACUUGCGUGUAAGAAAGGAAUGGGGCCAUUUCCCAACAAAACAUGUGCAGAGAAAGGAAAAAUACAGCCUUGGCAGGUGCUGCAUUACCUGACCCAGGUGAACUUUACAAGCAGAAAUGGGGAAAAUGUUAACUUUGAUGCGAGUGGUGAUCCAGCUGCACGUUAUGCCCUGGUUAAUUGGCAAAUGAAUGAUGAGGGAAUAUUAACAUUUAAAGCCAUUGGACUAUAUGAUGCAUCUUGGCCCGAUGGACAACAGAUUAGAAUGAAAGAUGAGAUCAGUGCAGUAUGGUCAGGAAAUCAGAAAAAUGUCCCCCAGUCUGUGUGUAGUGAAUCUUGCCCUCCAGGCACCAGCAGGGCUUUUGUUAAAGGAAAACCCAUUUGCUGCUUUGACUGCAUACCGUGUGCAGAUGGAGAAUUUAGCAACAACACAAAUGCAGUAACAUGUCUCCCUUGCCCUCUUGAGUACAAAUCAAAUGGAAACAGAACUCGAUGUGAACUUAAAAACAUAGAAUUCUUGUCUUUUAAUGAAGUAAUGGGUAAUAUACUAGUGACAUUUUCUUUGUGUGGAGGAUGUCUCACAAUCACAACAGGGCUGAUUUUCUUCUGCCACAGACAUACUCCUAUAGUAAAAGCCAAUAACUCUGAGCUGAGCUUCCUGUUGCUCUUCUCAUUGACUUUGUGUUUUCUCUGUUCACUUACUUUCAUUGGUCGCCCCACUGAGUGGUCCUGUAUGUUGCGUCACACAGCGUUUGGGAUCACUUUUGUCCUCUGUAUCUCCUGUGUUCUGGGGAAAACAAUAGUGGUGUUAAUGGCAUUCAAGGCCACACUUCCAGGAAGUAAUGUCAUGAAAUGGUUUGGGCCUCCUCAGCAAAGACUCAGUGUUCUUGCUUUUACUCUCAUACAAGUGCUUAUUUGUGUGCUUUGGUUAACAACAUCACCCCCAUUUCCCUACAAAAACAUGAAUCAUUACAAUGAUAAAAUAAUUCUUGAGUGUAAUUCAGGCUCAUCCAUAGGUUUCUGGGCUGUGCUGGGUUAUAUUGGCCUAUUAGCCAUAUUGUGCUUCAUUUUGGCUUUUUUGGCUCGGACGCUGCCUGAUAACUUCAACGAAGCUAAAUUCAUCACAUUCAGUAUGCUCAUAUUCUGUGCUGUAUGGAUCACAUUUAUCCCAGCUUAUGUCAGCUCACCUGGAAAAUUUACUGUAGCUGUGGAGAUUUUUGCUAUUUUGGCCUCCAGUUAUGGGAUGUUAUUUUGUAUAUUUAUUCCCAAAUGCUACAUAAUCUUAUUCAAACCAGACAUGAACUCUAAAAAACUUUUGAUGGGUAAAGCGACUUCAAAAGUUCACUGA